AUGUUGCUGUGGGCUGCACUCAGCACCCUGUUCUGGGGCCUUAUCUCUGUCUUCCUCAUUCUGAUCCUCCUGCUUGGACUGUGUGUGCGGAUCUGGCAGAGGUCUCAUCCCUGGGACCUCCAGCACUGCUCCACAGACCUGACUGGGAAGACAGCAGUGGUGACUGGGGCCAACAGUGGUAUUGGGAAGGUCGUGUCCCAAGAGCUGGCUCGUCGUGGGGCUCGCGUGAUCCUCGCCUGCAGAAACCGAGAGCAUGGACAGCAAGCCCUAGCUGAGAUCCAGGCAGCCUCACGCAGCAACCACCUGCUGCUUGGCCAGGUGGACCUCAGCUCUCUGACCUCCAUCCGGAGCUUUGCCCAGUGGCUCCUGCAUGAACAGCCUGAGAUACACCUGCUGGUAAACAACGCUGCAAUCUCCGGAAUCCCCCAGAAGACACUUACUCCAGAAGGCCUGGAUGUCACCUUUGCCACCAACUAUGUUGGGCCCUUUCUGCUCACAAAUCUCCUUCGAGGGGCCCUACAGAGGGCAGGGUCAGCCCGAGUAGUGAAUGUGUCUUCCUUUCGGCAAGCACAUGGGUACAUUGAUGAGGAGCACCUGACAGGUGCUGGUGGCCCUUUGAACUUCAACCAGAACUAUGACUGCAGCAAACUGCUGUUGACCUCAUUCACUGUGGAGCUUGCUCGGAGACUUCAAGGGACAGGUGUGACUGUGAAUUCUGUGGAGCCAGGUAUUGUGUACACGAACAUCAUGAGACAUUUCUCUUGGAUAUACCGCUUCCUCUUCUGGCUCAUCAGCUUCCUCACCAAGGAUCCCAAGCAUGGUGCAAUCCCAGUCCUCUAUCUGGGCUUGGCAGAGGAGCUAGAUGGCAUUUCUGGAAAAUAUUUUAGCAAUUCCUGUGUGAUAACUCUUCCCGCUAAACCCGCUCGAGAUCCUCAUGUUGCUCAAAGUGUCUGGAAUGCCACAGUUCGACUAACAAACCUGGACAAAAUGGACUGA